CUCGCAUUGCACCUUCAAAACCCUAGACCCCCUUCUUCGAAACCCCAGCGCGAGCGUUCGAGCUCGGGAGAGGGAGAGCAAUGGCGAAGUCGCUGAGGUCGAAGAAGAAGAAGAGGUUGAGGACGCUUCGGAGGGAGAUCGCGGAGCCCUUCUACGAUAAGAAGGAAGCGGCGAAGCUCGCCGCCCAGGAGGCCGCCCUCGCCGCCCCCAAGCUCCCCGUCCGUACACCGUCCGCCGCCUCCGACGAGCGCUCCACCGCCAUGGAUGUGGAGAUGGCUGAUGGAGGAACCUCCCAAGGUGUCGACUCUGCGACUCUCUUAAAACCUGUUGCUAGCAUUGGGAAGAAUAAGAUGAAGAAGCAGCUGAGGCUGAAGAAAAUGAAGAAGCAUGGCAGAGGAAAGAUUAGGAAGAGUCACAGGAUAUGAAUAUGUUCUGUUAGUGCCAGGACUAGGGCAUGUACUCUCUUUAAAGUUGAAUCUACUCCCAGAAUUGUAGAAUCUUUUUGCUUAAUUUUCUAUUUAUGUCACCCUUUUUCGUGCUCUCCUGCUUUUCUCUUCCUACUUUGUAUGCCUUUUGAUAAUGAUUGUACCUUGCUUGGAUGUGGAGAUGAAUCUAAUGCAUUACUGGGACUCGAAUG